UACUGCUAGAGCGCCCUGUGAAAAUGUAUUGCAUGAGCAUCAUUAUUUUGCUCUUGAAUGAUCCUGCCUUCAGUGAAAUGUCUGCUUCCAAGAUGCUUAUUUCUGCCAGGUCUUGGUAUUGCAGAACUGGAUAUGUCUACAGCAACUGCUUCUGUGUUUGAUAUUUCAAGGACAAUGUUGGCUCCCGAAGAUGGGAAUCGUGCCCACGUUCACACAGGACAGUGCAGUCCAGUGACUUCCCCAUCACUGGGCAGCAUGCAGAUAACAGAGGGCAACGGCACCAGCAUUGGCACAGUCAUCUCCUUCCAGUGUUCCUCCAGGCACAGGCUGCUGGGAGACGGGUUCAUUUCGUGUGUCUGGAAAAGCAACAGCACGCAGUGGACAGGGAGCACGCCAACCUGCAAACCUAUUUUGAUAUUUGAGGAUUUUGGAUUCAAAGUGGCAGUGAUUGCUUCCAUUGUUAGCUGUGCUAUAAUUCUCCUGAUGUCUAUGGCAUUUCUAACCUGCUGUUUCAUCAAGUGCAUUAAGAAGGGAGACAGAAAGAGGACUGAAAGGGAGGUGCAGCUGUGGUAUCAGACAGACUGUGACGAGCUGGAGGAUACUUACUAUGGGCAUAAAGGACGAAACAACAACAACAGCAAUAGGACAGGAGACCAGAGGAACACGGGGUAUGACAACCGGGGCUACUGCAGGUGCCACGAGCACUCCAAGAACAUCUCCAUCCCAGCAUGCUGCAGUGAACAUCGCCUGUCCGUCGUUUUUAAGCCACAGAAGAAUAAAAUCCCAAGCAAGUACAGGUUACCGGAAUGCAGUGUUUCAGCUGUCAGUGGGACUCGCAUGGCCGAAGUUUAUGAACACAGCCGAGAGCCACAGGGCAGGCUACAGGAGCACCUCUUGCAUGGCUUUUUUGUAUAAGACGGGACACAAAUCGGACCUCCAUGUGCCUUAAUAACAAUUUCUUUUUUUUUUUUGCUGGACUUAAUGAAUCUGAGAUUUACUAAGAAGAGAUGUUUGCACUUCUGCUCUGCAGAGACCGCCGUUAGCCAAUAGGUUGAGCUUUUUUGAAACAUUUGAAAGUUUCUUAUGAGAACACAAUCGAUCAAUGCACAGUCAAUGACUUUUUUGUGAACUAGAUUGUCUUCUCGGUUAUAGGUGGAACAUAAAUGUCUUCAUGUGCUGUCGUUGGAAUGAAGUUGAAAAAAAACAUUUUUGGAAAAACAGCCAUAUUGAGGCACUGUAUUAAAACUGGUUGUUUCUCUUAACAUGCUCAAAUCUAUUCCCUUGAAAACUGCGACUAAAAGGUCAUUAAAAGAGCCAUGAGUGGAGUUGACUUGUAAAGUAAUUAGUAUGGGCUUCUACCUGUUUUUACAAAACUGCAGUCAAGGUAAAAAGUAUCCAACCUAUGCCUUUCAGGACUCUGGACUGGUUUACACUGGGAAAGUGAAAAUGUUUUCAGCUGUUGAUUGUAAUAUUUACAUCAAUAAAUGUGCGAUGCUCGUC